CAAGCCUCAUAAGGAACGGUAUACACUGAAGAGCGUCAUACGCCUAGGGGACUACGAUGGAUCUCGUAACUCUACUGCUCAGCAUAUCGCUGUUAUUCGGAAUUGUGCUAAUUCUUUUCUCAGGGUAUUCAGAAAGCGCUCGCCUGAUCAAUAAACUACCAGGCCCUCCGACGCUACCCUUAAUUGGGAACCUUUAUCUCGUUCUGUUUAAGAAGCUACAAGAGGCUUGGGAAAUGGAAAUAUACUACAUUCGAAAGUACCAGCCUAUGAUUCGCGGUUGGCUCGGCACGAAGGCCAUUGUUUCAGUAUCUUCCCCUGAACUCAUCGAGGUGAUACUCAACAACUACAGGACAAUAGACAAGCCAUUCAUAUACAGGUUUCUGCACCCCUGGCUGGGAACAGGCCUGCUUACAGCAACAGGAUUGAAGUGGCAUGCCCGUCGGAAGAUGCUGACACCUUCUUUCCACUUCAAGAUCCUGGAGGACUUCCUGGAUGUGUUCUCUGCGAACAGCGAGGUCCUAGUGCAGAAACUGCAGCAGGAAGUAGGUCGCGACUACUUCGAUGUACACCCCUACAUCAACAAUUGCGCCUUGGAUAUUAUCUGUGAGACAGCCAUGGGAACGCCAGUUCAUGCCCAGGAAAACGAAAACCCGGAGUACGUGGACGCUAUACACACGCUUUCUCAGGUAUUCAUGGAUCGCUUAACAAAGGCCUGGCUCUAUCCCAACUUGACUUUUAGACUCAGCUCCUUAGGCAGAACCUAUUACAAGUGCAUUGGGGUGCUGCAUAACUUCACUGACAGGGUAAUUCAAGAACGUAAAUUACAGCGAGAGUUUUCAGAGAACUCUGCUAAUGAAAAACUGGAGACAGGCAAGAAGAAGCGACUGGCUUUCCUGGACAUGCUACUAGAUGUCUCUGAAGGUGGAACUAAGUUAGCAGACGAGGAGAUACGGGAAGAAGUCGACACCUUUAUGUUCGAGGGUCACGACACAACCGCUACUGCGAUAUGCUACGCUUUGUAUCUCCUAGGUCUACAUCCGGAAGUACAGGAUAGGGCAUACCAGGAGCAGGAGAACAUCUUCCAAGGUUCAGACCGUACAGUCACCAUGAAGGACCUCAACGACAUGCAGUACCUGGAGAGGGUCAUCAAGGAGUCCCUGAGAUUGUACCCCAGUGUUCCAGAAAUUUUAAGAGAAAUCAACUCAGACAUUAAAAUAGGAGGUCACACUCUCCCUGCUGGUACGGUGCUCCAUGUUCACAUGUACGUCCUUCAUCGGAACCCACAUCAGUUCCCCAACCCCGAGAAGUUCGACCCUGACAACUUCCUGCCAGAGAGGGUAGCAAAGAGACACCCUUAUGCCUACAUCCCCUUCAGCGCUGGCCCCAGGAACUGCAUAGGCCAGAAGUUCGCCCUGCUGGAGGAGAAGACUGUCUUGUCCUACAUGCUGCGUCACUACGAGCUGCGAUCACGUGACAGCAGGGAAGACAUUAAAGUAUAUAACGCUCUUAUACUGAGAAUGUGUGAGGGAUUCAAUAUAAGCGUAACUCCAAGAAAGAAGAGCGUGGAUCUAUGACGUGUAUCAUGCUUGUCUCUUGGUUUUAUAUGGGCGUACCACAUCACACGGUGUCACAGUUGUAGGCUGUUAAUAUAUUAAAGGUGAAGUUUACUCUU